AUGAAAGUUUAUGACACUGACCCAGAACUUCUGAACAAGGUCAAUCCUCGGGUAACUACUGAGAUGAAUGAGGCAUUACAGCAACCUUUCUCUCCAGAGGAUGUUAAGAAAGCUUUAUUCUCUAUUGGUGAUAUGAAGGCGCUUGGAUCUGAUGGCUUGCAUGCUAUAUUUUUAAAAAAAUGUUGGCACAUCAUUGGUGAUGUUUUGACUCAAGAAGUAUUGGACGCAAUAAAUAAUAAGAUGAUCCCGGAGGGAUGGAAUGAUACAGUAAUAGUUCUGAUUCCAAAAGUGGAGAGCCCUGAAACUAUAACUCAGUAUAGACCUAUCAGCCUCUGCAAUGUCUUGUACAAGCUUGUUGCUUCCCCGCCGCAGCCCGUCCGCCCGCCCGCUAUGAUCGGCCGCCACCAAGCCGCCCACGGCGACAAUGCGGCCAGGAUCCGAUCGCCGCCGGAGCCACAUGGCCGGAGCAUGCCACCGCCCCGCAAAUUCAAGUCGGUCCCGGAGACCAUCUCCACCGGCGCCGGUGAAGGCGGCGACUUUCGCGUCGGCAGCCUCAUCGGCACCGGCUCCUUCGGGGAAAUCUACCACGGCACCAACCUCGAGACCAAAGAGCAUGUCGCCAUCAAGCUCGAAUCUCUGAAAGCAAGGUUCCCCCAGCUGAUCUACGAGUUAAAGAUUUACAGGAAAUUUGGAGGAGAAACUGGAAUCCCAAACGUCAAGUGGUUUGGCAUACAGGACGAUUUCAGCGUCCUGGUGAUGGACCUGCUGGGACCGAACCUGGAAGAGCUCUUCGAUUCCUGCGACAGGAAGCUGUCCCUGAAAACUGUUCUGAUGCUCGCUGAUCAGAUGAUCGACCGGGUCCAAUAUGUGCACUCCAAAUCUUUCGUGCACAGAGAUAUCAAGCCACAAAACUUUCUCAUGGGUACUGGAAAGAGUGCAAACCUGGUUCAUAUUAUAGAUUUCGGAAUUGCAAAGAAGUAUAUGGAGAGAGCGAAACACAAAAUGCAGCACAUCCCAUAUAGAGACAACAUGAUGAGCUUGGCAGGAACGCCAAGAUAUGCGAGUAUCAACAACCAUCUUGGGAUAGAGCAAAGCCGGAGGGACGACCUGGAAUCGAUCGGAUACAUGCUGUUGUACUUCUUAACCGGAAGCCUUCCAUGGCAGGGUAUAGAAGCCGGAAACCAUAGGCAAACACAUGAGAUGAUCAAGGACAUGAAAAUUGCCACUUCACCUGAGGAGCUUUGCCGUGGCCAUCCAACGGAAUUUGCAUCUUACCUCAACUACUGUCGCUCGCUGGGAUUCGAAGACGAGCCGGACUAUCUGUACCUCAAGAAAAUGUUCAGAGACCUUUUCGUUCAACAAGGCUAUCAAUAUGAUUAUGUGUAUGAUUGGACAACGUCCAAAAACCCUCUCGUACGUGAACAGAACGUCCUGAACUCCUGA